AUGCGCGGUUUCCUGCGUUUCGCUUUCCUGCGGUAUCGUUCCCUGCCACCUCUCGUCAACACUCGAGUUGCUGCUUUUGAGAUUGGUCUUUGCCUCCGCAGAAUGUCGUCGUCUAAUAUUACUUCGGAUUCUCAGACUUUGCAAGGCCCUCCAGACGAGGAAUCGUUAUUGCACUACGUGCCGGGAGGCUAUCACCCUACCAACCUGGGGGACAUUCUAGAUGAACGUUACGUGAUAAAGCGGAAGUUGGGGUGGGGUCAAUACUCUACUGUGUGGCUCGCGGAAGAUCCUCAAUCACAGCGACAUGUGGCUAUAAAAAUACUGACAGGAGAAGCAACCGACGCAAGGCAGCUACAUGAGCUGGCGUUUCUGCAGCAUCUUUCGUGCUCUCACCCGGAACAUCCAGGAUUUUCUCGUGUAGUGCGACUACUGGACAGCUUUCACCACGUUGGCCCGUAUGGGUCGCAUCUGUGUAUUGUCACGGAAGUUCUUGGAGAGUCCGUGCAGUGGCUGUCGCAGUAUUACCGAGGGGGUCGUUUCCACCCUGUAGUAGUCAAGGACAUUAUCCAACAAGUGCUCUUGGGUUUGGAUUAUCUUCAUCAGAGCAACAUCAUUCAUACCGAUUUGAAACCAGAUAACUUCUUGAUCGAACUGGAUGAUGUAGAAACUUUUAUCCAGGAGGCCAUCGACGAUAUACCUCCCGUUGUCUAUCCAUCAGUAACCAAUGCCGAUGGAAUGGUUCUCAGCUACGUUAAGUCACAGCCGAUCCCUGUACGGUUUGAGGAUGUGCAGCGCCAGGCGAAGCUUAAGGUGAAGAUCACUGACUUGGGUGUUGCUUGCUGGGCGGACAAGAUUGACGAACAUUUCACCGACAUGGUCCAACCUUCGGCUCUACGAGCUCCGGAGGUGUUUCUCGGCGCUGGAUGGGACUCAAAAAUUGAUAUUUGGAACGUAGGAUGCCUUGUUCACGAAAUGAUCACAGGGGAUCCUUUCCUCCCUGUAAGCUUGAUGGACAGUGAAGCUGAGCCCUCUCAACAACUCACCGUCAUGAUGAUCCGUCUUGGACCAAUGCCUUCCGAUCUGAUCGUUCGCGGAAAAUACUCUAGGCUGUACUUUGGACCAGACGGAACUUUCAUGUCCAGUCUGGACUACCCGGGGGUGCCGACUUUGCUGCAGAAAUUGGACAGUAUUUAUAGGGAACGAUGGUACCCAGAAGAAGUAGAGCUCUUCAAGUCAUUCAUGGCCUCGGCAUUAGAGAUGGAUCCGAAGGACAGGCCCAGUGCAGCAGAGCUUGCUGAACAUGAGUGGUUUCGAUCGAUGUUCGAGUUCAAGAAGAACUUUUGA